GGUAUGCGGAGCUGCAAGAUGGUGCGGGUGGCCAGCGUGCUGGGGCUCGUCAUGCUCAGCGUGGCGCUGCUCAUCUUGUCCCUCAUCAGCUACGUCUCGCUCAAGAAGGACAACAUCUUCGGGGCGCCCCGCGCUGCCGGCGCCGCAGGGCCCCGCAUGUACAUGUUCCACGCAGGAUUCAGGUCUCAGUUUGCACUGAAGUUUCUGGACCCCUCAUUCGUCCCCAUCACCAACUCCCUGAGUCAAGAGCUGCAGGACAAGCCCUCCAAGUGGGUCUUCAACCGGAGUGCCUUCGCCCACCAGAGGCAAGAAAUCCUUCAGCAUGUUGAUGUCAUCAAAAACUUUUCUCUGACCAAGAGCAGUGUUCGGAUUGGACAGCUGAUGCACUACGAUUAUUCCAGCCAUAAGUACGUUUUCUCCAUCAGCAAUAACUUCAGGUCUCUGCUUCCUGAUGUGUCUCCCAUCCUGAACAAGCACUACAACAUCUGCGCCGUGGUCGGCAACAGUGGGAUCCUGACUGGGAGCCAGUGUGGGCAGGAAAUUGAUAAAUCGGAUUUUGUCUUUCGGUGCAAUUUUGCUCCAACCGAGGCUUUCCAGAAAGAUGUUGGAAGGAAAACCAACCUUACCACCUUCAACCCCAGCAUCCUGGAGAAGUAUUACAAUAACCUCUUGACCAUUCAGGAUCGCAACAACUUCUUUUUAAGUUUGAAAAAGCUCGAUGGGGCCAUUCUUUGGAUCCCCGCUUUUUUCUUCCACACAUCGGCGACAGUCACAAGAACACUGGUUGACUUCUUUGUCGAGCACAGAGGGCAGCUAAAGGUCCAGUUGGCUUGGCCAGGAAAUAUCAUGCAACAUGUUAACAGGUACUGGAGGAACAAGCACCUGUCCCCGAAGCGGCUGAGCACAGGUAUCCUCAUGUACACCCUGGCCUUGGCCAUAUGUGACGAGAUCCACCUGUAUGGAUUCUGGCCCUUUGGCUUUGACCCCAACACGCGUGAGGACCUCCCAUACCACUACUAUGACAAGAAGGGAACCAAGUUCACCACCAAAUGGCAGGAGUCCCACCAGCUGCCUGCAGAGUUCCAGCUGCUCUACAGGAUGCACGGUGAAGGACUGGUCAAACUCACCUUGUCGCAUUGUGCCUAAGAACCUAAAUCUUGAAGUGCCAAACAAUUGUCUAAAAAAGUGCCCAAAACCAAAUUCAACAUUCUUCAGACAGAAUUCUAAAAAGGAAACAAACCAACCCUAAAAUCUUUUCCAUAAUUUAAAGAUGCUUUUUAGCUACUGCUCAUCCAAGGGUUUCAGUGUAUUUUGUGGCAUUCUGUGGAUGCGAU